AUGCCAACCCUACGGAGAUCUCGAAGGUCCAAGAAGCAAAGGAGCCACAAAGUAAAAGAGGAAAAGAAGACAGAACAGAAUACUACGACACCUCAUCCAUAUCAUCCUUCUUCUUCUUCUUUUCCUGUCAUUAACAAUGUUCCGCCACCGCCUCCGGCAAAGAAUAACAACUUUGGCAGUCGAGUUCAUUCGGAAUCGUCAAAUCUUUCCGAUAUUACCAUGGAAAGUCGCCCCUAUCAUUAUCAGCAGCAGCAGCAGCAUCAUCAUCAAGCAAUUAUAGCUAAUGCGGCGGCUGCUUCCGCGGCGAGUGCGUUGGACGAACGAUCUUCCGUUUUGGAAUAUUCGGAUACCAGUGAUGAUUACCGGGGAGAAGAUCGUUACUUUUCCUUGCCCUAUUCGGAUUCGAGUCAAUCCUUGUUGGGAAAUAGUCCCACGAAUCAUCAUCGCCAUGAUUCCUCUGGAUCGGCAUUGCAAACCCUGAGGCAUGGCAGCAAGGCACAUCAUGUGGUUCAUUAUUCGUCCAAUUCCAUGAGCUUUGACGACAAGAGCGACGGCAGUCCAGAAGAUUCACUCCCCACAUUUUCCAGCAACUCGGAAAUACCACCCGAUGGUUCCCCGCAGUACCAAAACUGGGUCACCAACUUGGCCUAUGCCUUUCGAAGCACCCGAAAUAGUGGAAGUCACGAGGCACCCGAAGAAAUUCUUCCAGAAGACAGCAUUAAGCGGGGGCAUCGAUCGCAAAGAUCCUCCACCACGAUGGAAUUUCCACCCUCGCCGUUUGAAAGUCAACAACAGCGUCUCAAUGGAAACGAGACGACGCCACUGCUCAAAGAUAUUCGAAGGAAUAUGCACAACAACAACAACAAUGGCCUCUAUGGAAUUGACGAGUCGGCGGUUUCACCACCGCCACCAAACGAUGGAUUAUUGAAACAAGAGGACCGAAAAGAUUCCAGGGGCAGCAAACGAAUAAAGAGUCGAAAAAUGGCGGCAUUCAUAGCCGCCUGCUAUCUGAUGGAUUACGAACAUGGGCGACCCCCUUCCCUUUCGUCCAAUUUUGAAACGAUUACCCCCGAACAACUCCGAUUGUUUCGGAUACAAUUCUCGGAAGCAUGGAGGUGGCUGGGUGUCAAUCUUGCGGUCGUCCUCUUGUUUAUUGCUCAUGUUGUCAAUGAUAUUUCAUCGGUUGCAAUGCAUACCUUUGCCGUCACCAUUUUACUUGUGGAAGUUUGGAUGAAAGAAGUCUUGUAUGGUCAAGAUCAUUCAAGAGACUUUGGUCACCGGGAUAGGGCUUUGGUUCGACCAAUGAUGCUUCUUCUGUUUGCCUUGGGAAUUGAAUCUUGGACCCGAUUGGUGUUGCCCAGCGACUAUGAUGCCACCACCAUGACUACUACCCCUCAACGACCCGUGGUAUUUGUGACUGCCAUUUUCAAACCCCUGGUACUGUUUUACACGAGUCGAAGGGCGAGAAAUGCGCUAGAGGCUUUGCAGCGGAUUGGAAAGAUUGUGGUUCGAGUUUUGCUCAUUGAAGUAUUCCUGAUUUUAUCCUUUGCGGCGGUUGCCUGCCGCAUGUUCAAGAAUUCAAGCAGCUUGCAAACUCUGGCAGUGUCGUGGCUCAGCCUAUUCGAACUGUCAACCACAGUUGUCAAUCCAAGCCUGUGGAUGCCAAUGUAUGAAGAAUCCCCGAGCAGCGCCUUUUUCUUUAUAUUUUUCAUUAUCACGUCUUCCUUUUAUCUUCAUUCUUUGGUGCUUUCGGUCGUCUUUCAAACCUACAUGCAAGCCUCGGCGGAUAUCCAUGAAAGAACCCUGUGGUAUAGGGAAGAAGCGACACGGCUUGCAUUCCUAGCGUUGGCAAAGAAUGGUGAUACGGAAACCAUUAGUGUCGGGAGCGUACGGAAAACACUGCAACUGGUGAGACCGCAUUAUAGCAAUAUGAAGAUCAAAGCACUGAUGGACAUUGUUAAUCCGGAUGGAGCACAGAUUAUUGACUAUGCAACUUUUCGGACGAAGAUUCGGCAAGCUCUCAAUGCCUCGAUUCGUACCUCGAGCAGCCCAACGACGCUUGCAAUGGGUGUGGAAUUCAUUGCCGUUUUUGUCGCUGUUUCGAAUUUCUUCUACGUCCUUUUGAUGACGUCCGAAUUCGACACUACGUGGUUCGACUCGGCUGCUGUCCUUUGUGGAUCAGCAAUAACUUUACUUGGACUACUGGAGCUUGUGAUUCGAUUCAAUCCGCUUCGAAUAGCAAACUUUGCGCCAUUGACCCGACUGAACGUGACAUUUGAUGGGUUGGCCCUUAUUGCCGCUCUUGUCUCUAUUGUUGGCAUUGUAUUCUACAUUGUUGGUGACACCGACUUGGCAACGGACUAUAUUUUGAUGGGGAGAGCAAUUGACAUGAUCCGAGUCAUGCGCUUCUUUCAAAUCUUUCGUGAUAUCGUGCGCCGAAGCGCCGACGUCUUGCCCGCACUUAGGGGACCCCUCUUCCUUGUCAUGACAGUACUCCACACCUUUGUGUACAUUGGUAUGAUUUUAUGGGGAGGCGCCAUCGACGUUGAUACACUGUCGCAGAAUGCUCAGAUUACUCCGCUAUACUACCUGAACAAUUUCAACAGCUAUGCCAAGGGACUGGUGACAAUGUUCAACAUUUUCAUUGUCAAUGACUGGCAUGUCAUUGCUGAAGUCUUUCUAUAUGCUGAUCGACAUUCCAGCCCCUUGAUUGUAUAUCCCUUCUUUGUUCUUGGCAUCUGUAUCGGUGUGUUCAUUAUGCUCAACGUGGUAACUGCAUUCUUCGUCGAAGCAUUCAUGACAAAGCUUGGAGACAAAGACCCCAAGAGCAGCACUUCGAAAUCACACAAGAGUAAAGCGACUGAUUUCCACAUCCAUCCUGAUGCAGGUGUCAAGAGAAUUUCAUCUGUUCGAAGUCUCAAGGCAAUCGCUGAUCUGAAAAAGGAGGUCGACAUGGCUGCGUCGUCCGAUGACAAUAACUCUGUGUCGAGCCAUCGCAGCACAGAAAUUUUCUCUUUUGAUGUCUACGAAAGAGGAGGAUUCGACCAAGUCAUGUCAGAAGUUAAUAAAGGUAUAUCGGAACAGGGAGAUGCCUUCGCUCGAGCAGUUUGCGAUUACCUUGAAGUCUUUGAGGGUCUAGUUGCCGGACGCGAAAAAGUGGGAUACAUGGUGUGCUGUCAACAGAGUAUGAAUCGUUUCGGCAACCGAAGGUUCCAAAACAAUGCCAUGGAUUAUGUCAUGGAAGAAAAGUUGCAGAGGGUGGUUGGAGAUAUGCACUCGGAGCUGCUUGUCUUGUCAACGAGCUCAAAGUUCAACGGCAGAUGCCUCGUCAGGAGGUUUGCGCACAAAUCAAAUCCCUCAACAGAGCUAGAAGUAGCUGCUUCGCUCCUACGGUAUCAGCCAGCAGUGACGUUGCUUGUGUCUCGAAUCAGACCAGCUAACAGUCCCAGGCCAUAG